CCUACUUUCUUGCCAGGCUCGCCUUAGGUACUAAACCAGCACGUACAACUUGGAACAGGACGGGUAGCAGCUACCUGGUACCUUGCCAAAAAAGCAAGAAAUGGUGACAUUGAAAGGCAAGACAGUAAGUACCUAGUACCUGGUACCUUACCUACAUAAUACCUAGUACUCACUCUGGAGGGCCUGAACAUGAUCGGGCCAAAUCAAAUCCAUUCUUUCUAAAUUGAAGCCCAUAUAUUCCAUACAUGUGUUUCUUGAAAGGCUUCUAGUUUUGUUUGACUUCUUAUAAUUACAUACUUCCCUAUCCUAUUGGUAUCUACCUACACUUGCUUUUCCUGGCCUGUUAGCCUAGGCUCUUCUUCUUUUGGCCUACGGUAUUUUACAAAUUACCAAUGUCAUUCUUUAUAUUCCUUACAUCGCUAUCCCCUGCCCCGAAUAAGUCUCAACUGUCGCCAUUGAGCUUGCUAUUUAAGCCUUCCACUCCUUUAUAGAACUACGGCGUGAGAGAAUGAGGCCGCGCCAAUAUAUCCUAAUCGGCGGGUUCGUCUUCUUCGUCAUCUGCGCCGUCAGUAUAUUCCGACUAUCGCCCUCAGGAACCGACCUUAAGAAUCUUAAGAAUCUCAAGUCAGGCCAUCUGUCGCAUACUAACCCUGGCGUUGGAAAAGAUGGCUCAACAGCGCCGCCGCCACCACCACCAAAAGUUCCCGGGCCUUUCGAUCCUAAACCAAUGCCCGCACCCGAUGGCUCACACCCUAUGUCGUAUUUGAUCAGCCAAGCCGAAAAGGAACACGAAGCUACUCUAGCCAGGCAAUCGAAGACUCUAAAAGAUGCUGUACAAGAGUACCGUAGACGAUAUGGGAUACCCCCACCACCCAACUUUGACAAGUGGUUUGAGUUCGCCAAAGGCAAGAACACACAGCUCAUCGACGAGUUUGAUAUGGUACAUGAGGCGUUGACCCCUUUCUGGGGCCUCAAGCCUGCAACCACACGCACACGGGCAAGAGAGGCGCUCGGCUUCGACAACGCACUCCUGGGGAUCCAAAUCCGCAACGGCAAGAUCACACAUAUCCAGGGUGGAGGCGAGUGGCAGCGUGAGGCCACCGCAGGCAUGAUGGGGAAGUUUUCGAAGUGGUUGCCUGACAUGGACCUGUGCUUCAACUUGCAUGAUGAGUCUAGAGUCAUAGUGCCUCAUGACGACUUGUCUAGAUUGGUUAGGAGAGCUGUUGAAACCAAUAUGCCGGCAGCCAACAGCCACGAGAAUCCAAAGAACGAGUUUACCCCGCACCCUAGAGGAUUAAACGACGGAUCCAAAUUUGAAGAGAGCAAGUUGACGCGAUUCAAUGUAUUUGCGCACCAGCCCACCUGGACUCACUCGAGGCUGUCGUGCUCCCCUGAUAGCCCUUCUAGAGGAUUGGAGGAGGACGAGAAGAAAGACGACAUCUCCAAGUACGGCAUGGGGGAGCUGGGCUUCACUUACAAUGUCACAGCCAUGUCUGAUGUAUGCUACUCUCCAUCACUGAGUUCAACAUUCGGCUUCUUCGAUCGGCCCAACGCGUAUAAUAUCGUCCAAGACCUGUUCCCGAUAUUCUCACAGUCCAAGAUUUCGUCAUACUCUGACAUCCUCUAUCCAUCACCCUGGUAUUGGUACGAGAAGGUGAGCUACGAUGAAGCUAAAGACGUGCCCUGGAACGAGAAGGAGGGCAAGCUGUACUGGCGAGGCUCCACGACGGGUGGGUUCAGUAGAAAUGGCGGCUGGCGACGGCAGCACCGACAGCGAUUUGUGCAGAAGAUGAACGCAGCAGACAAUGCCAAGAUUUUGGAAAAUACGGGAACUGCGAGCCAUCAGAAGUGGGAAAUCAAAACAGUACCGCGGGGUGAUUUCAAGGACAUUGUCGAUGUAUAUUUCUCCGGUGUUGGGCAAUGCGACCCUGGCGAUUGCGCCGCCCAGAAAGAAUUCUUCACCAUCAAGGGGCACGCCGAGCAGCAAGACGCUUGGAAAUAUAAGUAUCUGCUGGACAUCGACGGGAAUGCUUUCAGCGGACGGUUUUAUGCGUUUCUGAAGAGCAAGAGCUUGGUGUAUAAGUGGGCCAUCUUCCGCGAGUGGCACCUCGAGUGGUUGAAGCCUUGGGCACAUUAUAUCCCCCUGAGUUUGCAAGGCGACGACUGGCUCGAAGCAAUCCGGUUUUUCGGUGCCGAUGAUCUAGGAAAGGCGGAGGCAGAGCGCCUCGCAAACCAGCAGCGCGACUGGGCGGACAAAGUGCUGAGGCACGAGGAUAUGGAAGUCUGGUUCUUUAGGUUACUACUAGAAUAUGGCCGGGUUGUCGACGAUAAUCGUGACAGUAUUGGGUUUUCGAUGGGCUCGGCCCCGAGAGCUGCGGCAAAACCUCCGAGCUGAUGAGAGAAGCAAAAGAGGGAUUGAAACAGAUUUGGGAAAUAAUAUGGAUGGAUAUAGGAAACAUUGGGUAAGCCCGGUGCUUCUUUGGCUGGCCGGCGUAUGGUAUGGUGCCUUAUAACUUGCAUGGCCGGAUAUUUUACGCACGAGCAUACCUACGCACACCUUUGCAUAUAUAUACCUACAUACACAUAUACACAACACACGGAUGUAUAUGAUGGGAUGGGUAUAUAUAUGUAUGUAUUUGUAUACAGAAAAAUACCCCGGAGUUGUAUAAAUAAGGAAGAGAUGGAGAGACACAAUUACCUAUGUAGGUAGCUAUGAUAUUUUCCAGAUCUAAGUAGCCUAUUAGUACCAGAGGGUUUAUGGAAAUGUAACUACUACCUAGGGUAAUGUAGUAACCUAGGUAAGUAAGCAGGAAAGGUUGGGGUUGUCAUCUAAGCCACCAUGAAUACGGUCUGUUGCCUAGUAGGAGCUACAUAGGAGAGAGAUGGAUUUAAUGCUUAGUCCUACUUCGUACAUAGUGCAUAUACACAUUGACCACCUGAGUACCUACCUGAGUAUUUUGUGUAGGUACCUAGUUUCGCAAAAUACACCG